UCUUACUUCCUGGUAAUUCUGCUUGGAAUGGUAACCCUGAUAUGAACUCUACAAGAUAAGUGAAUCCUCUUUUUAAAAAUAAUAAUAAUAAAGCCUUAGAAAAAUAGCACAGAAGUGAAAUGUCAAAUGUGAGGCAACAUUUGAGGUACACCUCUCCCAUCACAUUUUGUUCAUCUGUUUUUCUAGUCUCCCUCACCCACCCUGGCUUUGUCUGCUUUUUAAUCUUUUUGCUCGCAGCAAGAGGUUGGAAAAAAUGUGCGAUAACUGCGGCACCCUUCCCUGACUCCCACACGAACAUGGACAAAUCGAGGAGGGAAGGGAGAAUGCCCUAAGGCUAUGAAAGUAUUCAGAGUGCAACCUGCUCUCUCUGUGCAGCAACAAAGGGCGAAAGCCGCCUCUGAGCAAAGGUGGGGCGAGUGCAAGGUGCAGGGAGUGGAGCCGAUAGGGUUUCUGUGGCUGUGUUUCUCCUGUGUACGCUCAGCAGGUUGAAGGCAAGGAGUGGGACGGCCGCCAGACACACCCAGUCCAGGCAGUAAAACGAUCCCUGCUCUGCCCCCAAGCUCUUUCUAACGGAUAAAAGGAGAGGAAGUGCCAGCCUGCAGGUUCAGAGGGACGCUUCUCUCUUUAACUCCUCCGAGCCUCACUUGCUGUUUCUUCCCACCCACCCCUCUCUCCAAAAUAAGGAAAGCCCUGCUUGAAUAGGCCAUGUCGAAAUUUGGUUACAGCUCCCGCUCAGCGGCCGGGUCCGGUGGGUUCACCCAGGUCAGAGUCAGCUCUGUCUCUUCAUCUCGUGGAAUCGGAGGCGGCGGCAGUUUUAGCAAGCCGGGGGGCUUUGGCAGCUCCAGCCUCUACAACUUGGGUUCUGGCGUCAGGAGGAUUGCCCCCGCCAGCUCCUACAGCGUCCAGUCAUCCUACGGUGCCCUCGGUUCCAGCAGACAUGGAGGGAUGUAUGGUGGAGGGUUUUCGCCCGCAGGCAUUCAAGAAGUCACCAUCAACCAGAACCUCUUGUCGCCCCUCAACCUGGAAAUCGACCCCACCAUCCAGAAGGUGCGCAAGGAGGAGAAGGAACAGAUCAAGACCCUCAACAACAAGUUUGCAUCCUUCAUCGAUAAGGUCCGAUUCCUUGAGCAGCAAAACAAGAUGCUGGAGACCAAGUGGAACCUCCUGCAGGAGCAGAAGACCACACGGAGCAACAUCCCUGCCUUCUUUGAAGCCUACAUCAGCAACCUGCGGAGGCAGCUGGAUGCCCUGCUGAACGACAAGGGACGCCUGGAGGGAGAGCUGAAGAACAUGCAGGAUCUUGUCGAGGAUUUCAAGAACAAAUACGAAGAUGAAAUCAACAAGCGCACAACAGCAGAAAACGACUUUGUUGUGCUCAAGAAGGAUGUUGACGCAUCCUACAUGAACAAGGUGGAGUUGGAGGCCAGGGUGGAUGGAAUGACUGAUGAGAUAAACUUCCUGAGGGCACUCUAUGAAAAUGAACUGCGUGAGCUGCAGAACCAGAUCUCUGAUACUUCUGUGGUGCUUCAGAUGGACAACAACCGAAACCUGGACUUGGAUAGCAUCAUUGCUGAAGUCAAAGCUCAAUAUGAGGAGAUUGCCAAUAAGAGCAGGAUUGAGGCAGAAAGUUGGUAUCAAAGCAAGUAUGAAGCCCUGCAAGCCAGUGCUGGGAAGCAUGGCGAUGACCUGCGGAGCACGAAGAACGAGAUUGCUGAGAUUAACCGCACAAUCCUGAGAAUGCAGGCUGAGAUUGAGAAUGUGAAAAAUCACCGUGCUAAACUCGAGGCUGCCAUUGCUGAGGCAGAGGAACGUGGGGAGAUGGCUAUCAAAGAUGCCAAGGCCAAGCUAGCAGAGCUGGAGGCUGCUCUCAACAAAGCCAAGCAAGAGAUGGCCCGUCAGCUGAGGGAGUACCAGGAGCUGAUGAACGUCAAGCUGGCCCUGGAUAUUGAGAUUGCCACCUACAGGAAGCUGCUGGAAGGAGAGGAGAGCCGGCUGGCUGGUGAUGGAGCUGGUUCUAUGAGCAUGACUGUGCUCAACUCCAGUUCUGGUGGCUCCUAUGGCAGCGGAGGUGGCUAUGGUUUCGGAGGAGGAAUCGGCUUGGGAAGUGGAAUGGGCAGCGGCGGAGGCCUCAGCUUCUCCUCUGGAGGUGGCUCAGGUGCCGUGAAAUCAUCGUACAGUGUGACAACAAGCACAUCCAGACGAAGUGUCAGAAACUAAGCUCAGAAAACCAAGGUCAUCACUGCCUGAACACAUCUCCAUUCCCCCCACCCCUUCCCCCAGAACAGAGGUAGAUAAAGUAAAGAAGAGACAGGGAAGAUGAGAUCAUUAUCUCCCAAGAACCAAACUGGCUGCUAAAUCCAGCAGUAAUGAAUGAAAUGAUGGUGCCAUAUUCUGCAAGUGCAUUAUCCCACCUCCCACAUCAACAGCCUAAAUCAGGGAUGAGGAACCUCCAGCCAGAUUUGGCUCAUGAGACCCUUUUCCCCAAAACCAUGUCCACCUGCCCUACAUCAGACAUCGUAUGUGAUGUCAGGUUUGGCUCAGGUAGCAACAUGGCUGGCUCAGCUGCUCACACAGCCUGUCCUUACAGAAAGCAGGAUUGAACUCCCCGUAAACCAGCUGAUGCCUUGAGUCCUGCUUGGUUCAAGCCUGCAAGAGGGUUCCCUAUGGGCAACUCUCUUGGGCACCUGAACCCUGCAUAAAUCAGGACUGAAUUGCCCGCUCAUCAGCUGAUGUGCAGGGAGUUCAAUCCUGCUCUGUUGCUAUAGCUUACCCCAAAGUUCCACGGACUAACUUUGACAGGGAACACCCACCUGUCAAAGUUGGCCUGUAGGAUGGUGGGAGAUAAAGAUCUGGCCUGUUGAACCAAAAUGGUUCUCCAGUCCUCUAGGUGUUGUGGACUACAGCUCCCAUCAGCCCCAGCAAGUAUAGCCAAUGAAUUCUAGAGAGUUCCCCAUUCCGGCGCUUUUGAAGCAAGUAUACUUAUAGUGCACUGCUGUUAUGGGGUGGCUCCACAGGUUUUCCCAUCCCUGGCUUAAAUUGUGGUGGUGCUCCCAUUGAGAUCAAGGGGAGUUUCACUGUUGGUUUAACUGAGAGCGAAGUAUAAUUGGAAAACGAAAUUCCAAACUAUACAGGCAAUUUCCAUGUCCUCUGUUUUGGAUGCAGAAAUCGAUUCCCACCCCCUCCCAAUUUUCUUGGGGGGAAAAAUGUGGAAGUCACAAAAAAUAAAAUUCUUCUCUGAAUUAUA